AUUUUCGUAUAACAAAUUCGCAAUAAAGCGUCUAAAUCUAAUUCUAAGAAUUCGACGUUAUUUGUUCGUGUAAACUAUGUGUCUGGGAACUAUUUCAUACGUACAGAUUGCAAAACAUUUCAAGCAAAUUGUCACGACUUAACAGCUGAGACGCCACUGUUUCACUAAGAAAUGUGGAUAAAAGAUCGAUCGUGUUUUCAACUAUGGAUGACGAGACGGCGGAUAAAUUAGACGAGAUAUUUGGAAUGAAGCCGAGUGUUGUAAAGGUGCAACCCAGUUAUUGCUUGUUACCGCCAAAAAUUAUCUUUUAUGCGCAGAAAAUACGUGACAUGCCGGUAUAUGAGGAUGACAUCUGGAUGAUCUCGUUUCCUCGAACUGGAAGUAACUGGGCACAGGAAAUGACAUGGUGCAUCGGACAUGACUUUGAUUAUGAAGAAGCCCGUACACUCAUAUUAAAACGGAGUCCUGUACUCGAGAGUUCGGUUAUCAUGAUCAAUGGGAAGUAUGAUGAAUGGUUUAAAGCUCUGGGUGACUCUGUCGAAAAUGUAGCAAAGAUGCCAAGGCCGCGAUACAUUAAAACUCAUCUACCUUGGGAUUUAUUACCGCGGCAGCUCCACGAGAAGAAGCCAAAGAUAAUAUAUAUCACGAGAAAUCCAAAAGACGUUUGCGUCAGUUAUUAUUAUUAUUGCAAAACAUUCCACGGUUUGAAUGGAAGCUUCGAUGAUUUCGCAGAAUUGAUGCUACGUGAUAAUGUGCCAUUCUCUCCAUUUUGGGAUCACAUUCUGCCUUUCUGGAAGUCGAGAGAUCAAGCUAACAUAUUAUUUUUCACGUAUGAAGAAAUGAAACGGGAUCAGGUGGCAGCGAUUAACAAGACAGCAAAAUUUUUAGGCAAAAACGUGACGGACGAGCAAGUUGCUGGAUUAUGCGAACAUCUGAAAUUUUCUAAAAUGGCAGCGAAUCCUUCGGUGAACAUACAAUUGCUACUAGACAAAGAGGAGACAAAAACCGAUCCGAAUUUCAAAUUUAUCAGGAAGGGUGAAAUCGGCGAUUGGAUGAAUUACAUGUCAAAGGACCUCGCUCGACGAUUCAACAAAUGGAUGGAGGAACAUUUACGCGGGACAGGCUUAAAAUUGGAUAUAGAUGUUAAAUCAGACGAAGAUUAAGGAGCUUCGUGUUCUUCACAUAAAACAGCCAUGAUUAUUGUUUUAGAUUUACAUUACAAUUACGCAUAAUUAUUACAUUACAAUUUACUUAUUGUGAGCAUUUACCCGAUUUACCAUAUCUAAUAAGAGCAAUUAUGUAAAAGCACAUCGCUAAAUAAAAUCACCAUUCUCGGG